ACGUUUGUUUGUGUGUAGCUUUGGUUGAUUGCUAGAGUUAGGGUUCCACUUCCACCUCCCCUCCUCUCUCUUUCUCUCGCCCUCGCCCUCGCCGCCGCCGCCGCACCGCACCGCACCGCACAGCAGGGAGGGGUUCGGAUGAGGCCGGUGUUCUGCGGCAACUUCGACUACGAGACGCGGCAGUCGGACCUGGAGCGCCUCUUCUCAAAGUACGGGCCCAUCCGCCGCAUCGACAUGAAAUCCGGCUACGCCUUUGUCUACUUCCAAGACGAGCGCGACGCCGAGGACGCAAUAAGGCGCCUCAGCAACGCCGAGUUCGGCCAUACCAGCCGCAGGCUCUCUGUCGAAUGGUCAAGGCAAGAGGAGCCGGUGCCCAAGAACCGCGACAGGCCUACAGGGGCAGAUGCAAAGCCCACCAGGACGCUCUUUGUUAUCAACUUUGACCCCAUCCGCACCAAAGUCGUCGACAUCGAGAGGCAUUUUGAGCCCUACGGCAAGAUUGCAAACAUUCGUAUCCGCAAGAACUUUGCUUUCGUGCAGUACGAGGCGCAGGAGGACGCCAGCAUAGCCGUCAACAAGACCGACAAGAGCACGAUAUUGGACAGGGUAGUGACGGUUGAAUACGCCUUCCGGGAUGAUGACAAUGAAAGAGAUGACAGACAUGGCAGUCCCAGGCGAGGCGGUGACAGAUACGGCAGCCCGAGACGAGGGGGUGACAGAUAUGGCAGUCCCAGACGAGGCGGUGACAGAUAUAGCAGUCCAAAAAGAGCUGACCAGGGCAGGCGUCCCUACGUGCGGUCCCCUAGCCCUAGGUACCGAAGUCCAGAUUACGAUCGCCGUCCACGUAAUUCUGGGUAUGAUGGCCGCGAUGGAGCACCCUAUGGUAGGAGCCGAAGCCCUGUGUAUGAUCGUUAUGAAAGAGGCAGGAGCCCCGGCUAUGGUCGUUAUUAGGGUGGAUCGAUUUCGAAGGAUCACAAAGGAAGGAAUCCCAGGGAGGAAGGAGGAUGCAUACGCUCAGACCCUUUUCGGCCGUGUGCUGGAAGAGCGAGGGAAGGGAAGGGCAACGCGAUGCUAUUUUUUUUUCAUAUCAACACCACCUUGUGUAUUUGAGACGAAUAGUUCAUAUCAGGUGGGAUCACGAUGUUUUAAGCGAUUGUUGGUCAAACUGAUAUGGAUGAUGUACGCUGUUACGCCUCUUGACAAACUAGGACGGUGAAUCCCUCUGCAUUUCCCACCUGACACUUUGGAGAAGUAGUUUGUUUGUUUGUUUGUUGUGAUGAUCGAGCCCUGUAUGGUGUUGAUUGACAAUAAGAUGUUAGUAACCCAAAAUAUGUAUGUAUGGUUGAGUGGCAAUGGUUUUUGUUGCUA